CAAUCUUGUCCUCUGCUCUCAUCUCCAUCAUUUACGAUGCUGUCCGUCGAGGAUAUUCUAUCACGUAUAUACCAUGAGAAGCAGGAGGAUGGAUCUCUUCUCUGUGCUCAGCACGCUCUCAAUUCCCUAUUACAAGGCAGCUACUUCACUGCCCCGGAUCUCGCAGAGAUUGCUCGUGCGCUAGAUGCAGAAGAAGCCAGCUACGACGAUGAUAACACGGGAAGCGCCAGCACGAACAUGGACGAUACGGGCUUCUUCUCAGUACAGGUACUAGAUACAGCGCUCAAAGUAUGGGGCCUUGAACUUCUUGGAUGGCGAGGAGAGACCAUGAGACCUUAUCAAGACAUACCAUACACCCAACUGGCGUUCAUUUUAAAUUACCAGCAGCAUUGGUACACACUCCGUCGUUUUGGACCGGCUUCACCCGUCCUGGCCGAGGAUUCCGGGAUUGGACAUUGGUUCGAUCUAAAUUCUCUUCUUCCGGAGCCCCGGUGGAUUAGCAAAACCUUUUUGGGGAUGGUCCUACAGCAAGCAGAAGCUGAUGGUUACUCGGUCUUUGUGGUAACACAAACCGACCUCUCUGUGCCUUUAGGCCUCCCUCGCGUAGAUGCAGACGAUCUUGCAGCUAUUGUCCCCGAGUCUGGUGUUUCCAGUCGACCAUCUUCAAGCUCUUACGCGACAGGAGUUUCCCAUUCUACUGCUGAUGCGAGCCACAAUUUUGAAGGAUUGGAAGAUGAGGAUUAUGAGCUUCAAGCCGCUUUGCAGGCCUCAUUGAUGGCCGGAUCGUCUUCGGAUUAUCCUAUGAUGACUUUCGAUCCUCCUGCACUAACAAGGGCUAAUAUUCCGCUUCCUAGAGGCUCUUGGUCACCUAUUGAUCACAAUUCGGGUGGUCAAACGCCCACAGAAACUCCUUUGGACCCGAUAGCUGCGAGCAUGGCACGCAAUCAACAGCUUCUUCGGCAAAUGACAGCUGAGCAGCAGAAUGCUCAACGAGAACUAUGGGAUGAGGGGCACACAGGACGCCAGGAAAGCACCGAUGAUAGUGAGCUGAGGCGCGCCAUUGCUGAGAGUGAAGCAAUGGCUAGGGCAGAGGGCCACGGACAAUCAGACGAUGAGGAAGUCGAAGGUGAUAUCGACGACCAUCUACCUUCAGCAUUUCUUUCGAACUUCGGUCAGCCAGCAUUGCUUAGCAGAGGAAGUGGAGAUAGAGUGUAUGACGAUGACGACGCGGAGUUGCAGGCGGCUUUGAAGGAAUCUCUGGCUCAAGUGCCCGAUGGAUGGGUUGCACCUGAAGGAUUCCUAACUCCAUCUCCAUGCCCAGCGGUACCAGUGGCAGCAUCGACAACAGUUGACCCACCUCAGUCAACACCGCCUGCUUCGACCGAUAUGCAGGAUAACGAAGCUAUGCUGUCUGAUGAUGGAGGUUCGACUAUCGCAUCUUCUGAGCCAGCUGAAGCACCUUCCCAGGAAGCUGUCAGCAUCGAAGAAAUGCGAAGACGAAGACUGGCAAAGUUUGGAGGUUCCUGAUGCAAUGUAUUACAUAUCGAGAAGCCCAUUGUACAAAACCGUAAGUUGAUCUUAAUCCAGCUCUUCGUACCACGAAGCUCUACGUUCGCUCAUUGAGAAGAUCUUGCAAGGGAGUGCGGUAAUCAAAGGAGCCUUGCCCGGCGUUUCAAAAAGACUUGAAGGUGAUUUCCGGUCUUUCCCC